AUGGGUACAGGAAGUGCAAAAUGGCGAUGGACGGAAUGAUGUCCACGUCCUCGGGUCUCUCUUACCAUAAUGCCGGGGACUUUUACCCCAGAAAGUUUGGCCCGAAGCCGGACGUGGUGCCUUCAGGGGUGACCGAGAGAAAAGUGGGUCCGCUGGAUAAACCUGACAUGGUUUCGGUGGAUGUCCUUAACGUCACGGAAUCAGAUGUUCACAUGCACAGGAAGAAGCACGAACACGACACAUAUGUGUUGGGCACCAUUCAUCCAUUCAGGAAGACGCACAGAUCCAUCUUUGGAAAACUCCAGCAAGAAUUCAGACUGGUGACAUCAGACAGACGGUCGUGGAGGAUCCUGCUGUUCGGGGCUCUCAACCUGCUGUGUACCGGCUGUCUGCUGAUGUGGUGCAGCUCCACCAACAGCAUGGCGUUAACUGCCUACACAUACCUCACCAUCUUCGACCUGUUCAGUUUGAUCACCUGUCUCAUCAGUUCCUGGGUGUCCAUGAAGAAAGCCAGCCAGGUCUACUCCUUUGGGUUUGAACGGCUGGAGGUUUUGGCGGUUUUUGCCUCUACUGUUCUCAUCCAGCUGGGAGCCUUGUUCAUCCUGAAGGAGAGUGUGGAGCGCUUCAUGGAGCAGCCUGAGGUCCAUACAGGCCGCCUCCUUGUCGGGACGUUUGUGGCUCUAUUCUUCAACCUGUUGACUCUGCUGUCCGUCAGGAACAAACCGUUCACCUACGUCUCAGAAGCGGCCAGCAGCAGUUGGCUUCAGGAACAUGUGGCAGAUCUGAGUCGAAGUUUGUGCGGCAUUAUUCCAGGACUGAGCAGCGUUCUGCUUCCUCGCAUGAAUCCGUUCGUCCUGAUCAACAUGGCCGGAGCUUUCUCCCUCUGCAUCACCUACAUGCUCAUAGAAAUCAAUAACUAUAACGCAGUGGACACGGCAUCGGCGGUGGCCAUCGCUCUCAUGACGUUUGGCACCAUGUAUCCCAUGAGUGUCUACAGUGGGAAAGUGCUGCUGCAGACGACGCCGGCACACGUCAUCGGCCAGCUGGACAAACUGCUCCGAGAGGUGUCGACUCUGGAGGGAGUGCUGGAGGUUCGUAACGAGCACUUCUGGACCGUCGGCUUCGGAUCUCUGGCCGGCUCCGCCCACGUCCGUAUCCGCCGCGAUGCCAACGAGCAGCUGGUCCUCGCUCACGUCACCAACCGCCUCCUGCCGCUCGUCUCCACGCUGAGCGUCCAGAUCUUCAAAGAUGACUGGAGCCGCCCCCUCCUCUCGUCGGCCCUCACCUCCUCUUCCUCUUCUGCUCCUCCUCUGGGUCCUGAAGGCUACACCUCCUCCUCCUCACUGCCUCCUCUUCUCCACGGGAUGGACCCUCUGACCUCCACUCCCUCCAAACCCACCAGCCCUCCUCCAGAGUUCGCCUUCGAAACCCCGGGGAGAAACGCUCAGCAGGUGCUGCUCCCGGCCCCGGGACACCUAGGGCCCUACGGAGGCCUGGGGCUCCCCUACGGAGCGUCGUCCUACGCGGGGAUGCUGAGUCAGGGGCUGGCGAGGCCUGGCGUGGGGCUGGGUCUCGGGGCGGGGUUAGGACUGGGCGUGGGCGUGCCUCCCUCUCAGAGCUACAGGACUGCCUUCGGAGGGGCCCCGGCGCCGCUCCGCUUUGGGAGCCACAACCCUCUGGCUCCUCAGUCGCAGUACAGACAGUACCGACCAUAAAUGUGCCGCGACAGGACUUCAAAAACUUUCUUUCGUGAUGGAGGUGAAGUUUCCCCCCCUCACGGGGUUGAAGGGCUUCACUCCCAGAGAGGAAACAAAGGUCACAGUCUGCUCUUCAGGAUAGGAGGGUGAGCGUGUUGUGGUAUUUAUUUUGAUGACAAGGGGUUGGAUUUAUUUUAGGUUUUUUUAUCGGGAUGUUACGACACUUCCUCACAGAUAGGCUGACAGAAAGGAAGCAGUGUGUGUUCGGACUUUUGUUUUUAUUUUGUACGAAGAAACUUCACGAGGAGACUUUUUUUUUGGGGGCAACAUAGUCAACCAACAUUCCUGGUGAGAGGAAAUUCCAGCAUUGCAUUUAAAAUUCCAGCUUUUUAAAAGAAACCAGAGGGAGAUAACGCUCAACCAAAUUGAGAGAGGCUGAAAAUUCCAGUUUUAUGUGAUGUUGAAGAACUUUGAGGCAUCUGCCUUAAAGUGUGUGGCUUCAUGAAAUCAUAAAUGACGUUAAUAAUUAUUAAUAAUUAGUUUUUCCCUAUUUAAAUUCUGUCCAUUCAUUUAAUCUACAUCAUUUUGAACACAGAAUUGCUGCAAUUAUUUAUAUAAUUUGCAGAUUUCUUUUACAUUUCAUUUAUGCUAUGAUAUUUCAGACAAAGGUAAAUCAAAUGCAUAUCAUAAUAUUCAAAUUGUAUGACCAAAAGGCAAAAUGGUUGAUUUAUAAUAAAAUAAAAGUAAAAUGUUCCCUUUUUUAAAAAUAUUUUUGUUUCUCCAUUCCCCAUAAAUUCUGUACUGAAUCUCCUCUUGAAAACCAUUCUAGACAAAUGAAUCAACCCAGUUGUUUAUUUCCUGCAGCCUCUUGGUUUUGUACUCUUCCUCCUUAAGUAUUAAAGUCUUUAGAUCUGCUCAAGUUAAAGUGGGAUGACGGUGAAUCUGUUUUAUUAUGAUUAAACGCGGAGCCUUUUCAUGGACUUUACAACUGGGAGAAUAUAUUUGACUGGGAUUUUUUGACACGGUUUAUCCUUAUUAUUGUUUUGUAUUUAUCUGAACUUGGACUGGUUGUUAGAAAACAGUUAUUUCUAGAUGUUCAUUUCUUACAGGUCACAGGUUUCUGGUGCCUUUCUCUAAUUCAGAGAAUCCAAAAAAAACUUAAACACUAAUCACAAUAACAUCAGAGCUGAGAAAUGUGACGCGUGUUGAGUAAAGACACAACCAGGACAGAUGUAUAAGCACUCAGCCUAAAUGAGAGAUAUUCAUUGGGGUAAAAGAAAGGUCUGGGACUGUUAUUAAAACAGGCAACGAAAGAUGUUUUCCUCUCCUUUGUUCUUCUGCUAAUCGAAAGGCAACAAUCUGUGGACUUACUGGAGAUAAAAAAAGAAGAAAU